GAAAAUUCCCCUCUAUAGAUGAAAAAGAAGGAAAAAAGGAAAAAAAGGGAAAAUGCACCCAAAAAAAAUAAUUAUUUAUAUUAAAUUUGGGUCCAGAUAAAAAACCAGUGCAAGAACAAAGAGGCGAUGACUCUCUGGUCUUCGCCUUAGCUUUUGCAGAGACCGCCAUUUUCGACCGGCGUUUGGUAAGUCGAUCUCUUCUCUCGAUCGCUUCAUCUCUCUUACUUCCAUUAUAUUUGCGUUCAGAUUGAGAUGCCCUAUCGAUCGAGUUACUUUUUGGGCGAUUUGGUGCAGUAGAGCGGGAGCUGUGAUGGUCCUGAAAAUCUAGGGUUUUAUGAGAUCAUUUACUGUUUAUUAGUAGUGGAAAUUUGGGGUUGUAUUGAUGGGUAACAGGUGGGAAUCCGGGAUUCGUUAAAUUCUACGGUUGACUGCUUUGGAGUGGGGAACAAGCCGAGGAUCAGGGAUUUGUGAAAUUCUUGGGUUAGGUUUUCAGAGCGGGGAAGGAGUUGCAGAUCAUAGGUUUGUGGAGUUCUAGGGGUUAGGGUUUUGUGUGGUGUAAAAGUUAGUGAUUUUUGUUGCGUUUUGAGUAGUAGGGUCCCCAUUCAAGGGUCAUUUGUUUUGAUAUUUGUGAGGGAAUUGACAGGGUGACUGGUUGCAGAUCAGGGAUUUAGGUUUUCUGGGAGUCAGGGGUACAGAAUCAGCUGUUGUCGGGACAGAAUUAGGGUUUUUUUUGUUGUAUUUGGAAUUUUAAUUUAAUUACUGUUCUUUGGGCCAAGCUCGAGGUUUUUGUUGUCUUUAGACCAUUGCAAUUGAGUGGCCUGAACUAGCUAGAGGAACAUGAAACUGAAGAGUUUUUUACCGUAAUAUUUAGUGGAUUUUUGGAGCUUUUUGGUGUUUCUAAUCUGGAAGCGUUUGAGUGUCUGAACGCUACCUACUUAUCUGGAAUCUGGGUUUUUUGCUGAGGUUUCUGAAUUAGCAAAAUCAAUUCAGUGGCCUGGUUCCAAAACCCAAUUGAUUCUAUGACCUUUUUCUAUUUUUGGGUUUCGGUAUAAUAUUAUCCCAAAAGUUUCUGGCUUUUUAGAGGUCUCUGGCUACAGCACAACACAUGAAGCAAGAGUACAUCAGUUGAUUCUUAGUUUUUGAGCUGCAAAAAUGGUGGAGGGGGCAAAAUUCACUGGUAUAGGCCACAACGAUGACAAUUUCUAUGGAUUCACUGAUGGGUACAAGAGAAUUGGGUAUGUGUCUGAUAUGUCAGUUGACAGUGUUGGGAGCUUACAAACCAGUACUGGUGGUGGAGAAAGCAUCAUGGUUGAGAGUAGUGUGGGCUCAACAGAUUCACAACCCAUGAUGCGCAUGCAUGAAGGCAUAAGAACCAUGACUAAUGGCUAUUCAGUUGGUCACAGUGUGCUCCAACCCAAUACAGCUUCCCAUACGCGUGGGGACGAUGCCUUAGUUCAAGCUCUAAUGGACAAUAGAUACCCAACAGAAGGGCUUGAGCACUAUGAUGAAUGGACCAUCAAUUUGAGGAAUCUCCAUAUUGAGAUGGCCUUUGCUCAAGGGGCUUUUGGGAAGCUCUAUAAGGGCACUUAUAAUGGGGAAGAUGUUGCAAUAAAGAUCUUAGAGAGGCCUGAGAAUAGCCCUGAGAAGAGCCAGUUCAUGGAGCAACAAUUUGCUCAAGAAGUCAUGAUGCUCGCCACUUUAAAACACCCAAAUAUUGUGAGGUUUAUUGGGGCUUGUAGAAAGCCAGUGCUCUGGUGUAUAGUUACAGAGUAUGCAAAGGGUGGGUCGGUCAGGCAAUUCUUGACGAGGAGGCAGAAUCGGUCGGUGCCUUUAAAACUUGCAGUUAAGCAGGCUUUGGAUGUUGCUAGAGGAAUGGAGUAUGUUCAUGGACUUGGGUUCAUACACAGGGAUCUCAAGUCCGAUAAUUUGUUGAUAGCCACCGACAGGUCAAUAAAGAUCGCGGAUUUUGGGGUGGCAAGAAUCGAGGUGCAAACAGAGGGGAUGACUCCUGAAACUGGCACAUAUAGAUGGAUGGCACCAGAAAUGAUUCAACAUCGACCCUACACCCAGAAGGUGGAUGUAUACAGCUUUGGCAUCGUGCUUUGGGAGCUUAUAACAGGCCUACUGCCCUUCCAAAACAUGAGCGCAGUUCAGGCCGCCUUUGCGGUGGUGAACAAAGGGGUUAGGCCCACUGUCCCCUCGGAUUGCCUCCCUGCCUUGGGUGAGAUCAUGACACGUUGCUGGGAUGCAAAUCCUGAUGCAAGGCCCCCAUUCUCUGAGGUGGUGAGGAUGCUUGAAAAUGCCCAAAAUGAGAUCCUCACAAACGUGCGCAAGGCUCGUUUCCGCUGCUGCCUGGCCCAGCCCCUCACUGCCGACUAGCGUGGCCCCUGAGUAUGCAUACCUUCUCUCUCUCUCUCUCUCUCUCUCUCUCUCUCUCUCUCUCUCUCUCUCUCUCUCUCUCUCUCUCUCUCCCCUCUCUUUGUCGUUUGUGCUUUGUGUGUUGUGUUUCCUGCUUUUCACAGCAGCAUGACCUCGACUAGCUUCCCUGAGUAUGUAUUGGACUGCUCAUGUGUUUGAAUACCUAAAAACUCCCCCGCCCCUUUCUCUUUUUGUUUUCUUCCUUCUCCCGUGUCUCUCUCGUGUAUGCAUGUUACCAGUGACUCAACUAGCUCCUUUCUCCCCACAAUCAUCUCUCUCUAGCUGCCUGUGUCUGCACCUGACAACAAACUAGCCCUCACAAGCAUUCAUAUAAUUACCGAGUAGUAAAAGUGGUAUGCAUCUGACUGUUCCCCCUUACUUCCCGUCUCUCUAUAUAUAGGGCUGCUGAUUUCACACUGAACUUGACACGCGUCCACAAGUUGCAUGUCGCAGCCCCUCACCAACAAAGUAUGUAUCUAAUUAUCUCGUUUUAUCUUUCUUAUUUAUCUCUCUUCCAUCUUCCUCUUUUGCUCUAUAUAUAGGACUGCUGGUUUCUGGUAUUUACUGGCUCAGUGGUAUCUCUACUGGUUCUUGGUUCCAGGUUGUGACUUUAGUGUUGUAGUUGUAGGGAAGGGAUUCUAUUUGUAUCUUUAUGCAAUAUAUGGGUUAUAUAUAUGUGAUGUGGGUCUCCCUAUCUGAGGAUUAAAAUUUGAGUUUCUAUCUCAAAGUUAAUGGAAGCCCUUGGAUAACUAAUCUUGUUAUAUUUGUGACAUUUUUUUACUCUUUGUAUUACAUUAAUGGUUGCUUUUCUCU